UGAAACUUUGUGUUCAGCUGAUGAAAGACGCUGAAUCGACUCGGGCUCUGUGCUGAAGUGCAGACGCUGGUUUUCAGACAUGGCCGCUCCUGUAACGGUACAGAGAAGCGUUUGACUCGGCCUCACCAGGACAUCCUGUUAUACCCGAUCCUUCACCGCAGGAUCUUGUUCUGGAUCCGUGAGCUGAAGUCACGAGUUGCUCAUGACACAGUCAUUUCCUUCAGAGCUCAGCACCUACAGCCCGCCGCUGGGAGAGGGAAGUCUGGCGUCUGCAUUCCUUCACCUCCUCCUUCUCCACGGUUUAGUUUCCCGGAUAAAAUGCUUUCUCUGGAGCAAGUGAAGCGGAGCUUGGAGGAGGCGGGACAGUCUCACGUCCUGCACUUUUGGCCGGAGCUGUGUGAGGAGGACAGGGACAGUUUCCUCCGGGAGCUGUCUCAGCUGGAUCUGAAGGGACUGAGGGAUCACUGCGAGGAGGCUGCGAAGGCUGCAGCCUCCCCCACGGACAUCCUGGACCAGCACUUAGAGCCGCUCCCUCCGCAGUCCAUCGGCAGCGUGAGGAAAAGUGACCAAGAGUCUCUCGCAGCGUGGGAACAUGAAGGCCUGUUGCAAAUCUCAAAGGACCGAGUUGGAGUCCUGCUCCUGGCCGGAGGUCAGGGGACCCGUCUCGGUGUUCAGUAUCCCAAAGGGAUGUAUAACGUUGGGCUACCGAGCAGUAAAACCCUGUAUCAGAUUCAGGCAGAGCGCAUUCGCAAAAUCCAGGAGCUGGUGGAUGUGAAGCAUGGCUCAAAAUGCACCGUUCCAUGGUACAUCAUGACCAGUGAGUUCACUCUGGCUCCCACUGAGAAGUUCUUCAAGGACAACAACUACUUUGGUCUGGAGCCAUCAAACAUCAUGAUGUUUGAGCAGAGGAUGAUCCCAGCAGUGACCUUUGAUGGAAAGGUCAUCCUGCAGGGUAAAGGGAAGAUAGCCAUGGCUCCAGAUGGGAAUGGUGGCCUGUAUCAGGCAUUGGUGGACAACAUGGUGCUGGAGGACAUGAAGAAGAGGGGGGUGGAGUACCUGCAUGUGUACUGCGUGGACAACAUCCUGGUCAAGAUGGCCGACCCCGUGUUCAUUGGGUUCUGUGUGAGCAAAGGGGCUGACUGCGGGGCCAAGGUGGUGGAGAAGGCGUACCCGGCAGAGCCAGUGGGCGUGGUUUGCAGGGUGCGAGGCGUCUCCCAGGUGGUGGAAUACAGCGAGAUCCAACCAGAGACCGCUGAACUCCGGGGACCUGGAGGGGAGCUGGUCUACAGCGCCGGGAAUAUCUGCAAUCACUUCUUUACCAGGGAUUUCCUGCAGGAUGUGGCACAGAAAUUUAAAAGCCAACUGAAACAACAUGUUGCAAUCAAGAAAGUGCCGUUUGUGGACACACAGGGCAAUCAGGUCAAACCCACCAAACCCAACGGCAUAAAGAUGGAGAAAUUCGUGUUUGACGUCUUUUCAUUCUCAAGCAAAUUCGUUGUGUUUGAGGUCGUAAGAGAGGACGAGUUUUCCCCCCUGAAAAACGCAGAUGGGGCGGCCACAGACAGCCCGACCACGGCCAGGAACUCUCUGCUGGCUCAGCACUGCCGCUGGGCCGUGGCCGCUGGAGCCAAGCUGCUGGACGAACACGGGAAUGACCUUCUUCCUACUACGGCUAGUGUAUCUGCAGCGGACAAGGGUCCAGCUCAGUGUGAGAUUUCACCACUGGUUUCCUACUUUGGAGAGGGCCUGGAGCCGCUGCUGAAAGGGAAGACACUGCCAACUCCAUUCAUUCUGAGUGAAGAACGGGCCAAAGAGCUGCAGGCUCCUUGAUGGAAGUGUUUGGGUAGUUUCAGCCAAGCUGUUUAAACAGUUUCAAUUCAUUUUUGGACCAUUUUGUAUGUGUGUGUGAUGAUCAUCAUAUCAAACCAGCAUUUCGUGCAUCUGAUGUCACUUUUGUAAAAAUCUGCAAAUCAUGUGAUGGGAUUUACUUGAAAACCAAAUAAGGGACAAGAACCAAGCCAUGGGAAUUUAUAGAAAUCUUAUCUAAAAAAGCAGUAUAAUCAGAAUACUUCGCCUUGUGUUCUCUCUCAUUAUUUUUUUAAAAUUCAUUCUACUCUCUACUGCCUGUUUAAAGGUCCUAGAAUUAAAUUUCAAAGGUUUCAGGAAACACA